CUUCCUCGUUUGCUGCUUCACCGCUUCUGCAGGCGCCGGCCUGACCCCAUCAUCACAUCCCAUCUUCAACAUCAUUCUUCUUCUUCUUCUUCUUCUUCUUCUUCUUCUAUUAUUACUAUUAGUAACUAGAAUUCUCUCUGCAGCAUUCUCCUAUCUUCUUUUCUAUAAUCUUUCUCUCUCUCUCUCUCUCUCUCUCUCUCUCUCUUAUUUCCUGUUACAUCGACAACAUCCAUUGUCACUGCUUUCAUAUUUUCCCGCAUCCCUGGCUUGACUAUUCUUACUCAUCAUUUCUCGCCUUCCACGCUCUUCCAGCGUGGCUCUGGAAUUUUCCCUUUCUUUCUUUCUUUCUCUCUUUCUUUCUCUUGAUUAGCUCCCAGCUGCAACUUUGGCCACAUUCUUCCAAAGUUUGCCCGCACCUUCUCACCCCUUUCGCAAAGGACCGUGGCGCAGUCUCAGCGUGGGUGUGUUUCCCCGUUCCCGUCCAGCUAAAAGACUCCUCCGCGUCGUCCCGUUCGCCGACGACGACACUGACCAACAUCGCUCUCGAUAACUCCCGCUUCUUCGCUUCUUCCUCGUGGCGACUUGCGUAGUUGUCAUACGAUUCUCUCACUUCUUCAUCUAUUUAUCAUUGUUCAUUUAUCACCGCCUCUUUCUUUGUUUCUUCUUCUUCUUCUUCUUCUUCCUCUUUCAAUUCCUUCCUCCUACUUCUUAAUUCCGUCUUACAUAUUCUCAAACCGUCAUACCUCACCUCCUCCUCCACCUCCACCACCCCAAGGCCAAUUAAACCACAAAGACUUUCCAACCGAAGUCCUCCUUGGACAGUUUCACGUUUCAAAUUCACCUCCAUCAUCGUCAAAAUAACAAAGAAUAAUUCAUCGCAAUUAUGGCUCAUUGUUGAGGCUCGACCUGUCGUCAUCGUUACCCCUUACUUAAAAUUAUAAUACGGGAACUUACCACAGCUCAACCACAAUCGGCACGCCUAACUUUACUUUUUACCUUUCGUUUGGAACCGCCCCAUCCAUCUUUCGUUGCGAACCAGUCCACCUCUCCCCACAACUUCCCACGCUCCCACGACAUGUCCGAUAAGGCUAUACUAGAUCCAUACAAGGCCCUGGGCAUCACUAAGGAUGCGACUAUCGCAGAAAUUAAAAGCGCUCAUAGAAAACUGGUGUUGAAGUGCCACCCAGACAAAAUCAAAGACGAAGACCAGCGCAAAGAGGCCAUACCCGAAUUCCAGAAAGUUCAAUCGGCUUACGAGCUACUGUCGGAUGACAAGAAACGAGCGGAAUAUGACUACAAAGUUGAGUUGCAAAAGCGAUCGGCAUUCCCUACUGAGGACGCAGGCUCGUCUUCAUACCACCGACCUUCAGCAUUCACCAAAUCUUAUGAGUAUCGAAACGGGGCAGUCUAUGAGGAGCGCGUGCCUAAAAGUAGCUUCUUUGACGACAUCCCUCUUUCUGAAGAACCUCGACCCUCUUCCAGGAAGUAUGAUGGAUACGAGCGGAAGCAGAAUACAGAGCAAAAGGAAAAGAAGAAGUCCAGACAUGUCGACCCUCCAAUAUCAAGCCGUUCAAGCAAGGAACGUGUACGUGAAACUCGCGAAUCCGUGAAAUCGAGUCGCUCCGACCGCGCAAAACAUAGAGACAAAGAGCGGAGAAAAGACCGGGAACGUUCAGAGAAAUACCCGAAAGCUUUCGUGGUCAGCGAACCUGAAGAUGAAAAUGGGUUUGAUUCGGAUAAUCAAUACUAUGCCACCCCAAAAACACCGGAACCUGAAUUUAAGGAUAUUCGGACGCAACGCACGUCAAAUUCGAGUGAACCAGACCCAAAGCAAACCAGAGAUGAGGAAUAUUCCGAUGAAUGGUCUUCGUCGAAACUAGAUGAUGCGAAAAAGUAUAUUCAACGGUCGAAAAACAGUGGAUAUUCAUACGAAACUACUGAACGCCGUCCGUCUACUUCGUGGCCCUCGCCUUCUGCUUACUAUAGCCCACAUGUCGAAACACCACCCCGACGUUCCUCAGGUAGGACUCGAACCAGAGACUCUGUACGCCCCAGCUCAUCAGGAAAGGAUCGUAGAGGAUCUGCCGACGUCCAGGAUCCACCCUUGAAAUCCUACCCUAUUCCACGUCCUCCUACUCUACAGACUGCCACUUCCGCACCUUCAGGUUUGAGAUUUCCCUUCCCGAUCUCUACUAGACCCAGUCCAAAGCGACAUGCUCCUCGCCGAUCGGAGACCAUGCCAUUUCCAAACUUAUUCCGCCGGUCCGAAACUCUGCCGACCAGACCCUCAAAAAUGAGAGAACCCCAGGACUCCGGGUAUUCAAGCCCCGGUACUCCAGAAAUGCACUCGGGAUCAAGCCCUCCAUUGCCUGGCAGAUACACCGUCGUUGACGAAAGUGAAGAAUAUGUAUCUCACCGCGCCGUCCGUAUCGAACCAAAUCCUGGUCUGUACAGGCGGAACAAGAGCGUGUCCCCAACCCGCCACCCGUCCAUGCCUGCCCCACCGCAUCCUUCCGGAUCUAGAACGUACAACUACCCAAUCGAUCCUACAUUCAUGCCAGCGCGUCACGAUCCAUCGAUGCCCAUGCCUUCAAUGCACAACCCACCGCCCAUACCAGGUGGGCUGAACCGAGAUGGUUUGUUUGGGGAGGUCUUACCGGGCCAAUACGAUCGUCCCAAGAUAAUAAUCCCCGAGAGUGAUAUCCGAUAUGCGCCCAGAUUCCGCGAAGAGGAUAUUAGUUACAGUUACAGUCCGAGAAUGGGACCCGCAGACCCCAAUGUGUAUCCAGAAACGUAUCCGCGACCGCACGGUACGCGAAAUGAGUCGGUUGCGUGCUGAAUGAUGAAGAAGAACAAGCUAACCUUCUUCUUCUCCUUCCAUUUCUCCUCUUCAAAUUAUUACUAUUUUAUUCAUAAUUUUAUUCAUCUUUUUUUCCCCUUUUUUUCCCCUUGUUUGUUUCUUUUUCGUUUCGUUAUUCUUUUUAUUACGACUCGAAUGAAUCAAUGUUACAACGAUUAUUUCCCCCUCAUCUCACUUCAUCUUAUCUCAUCAAAUUUCUUUGUCAGUUAUUUUUUUUUGUUUUGUUCAUAUUCCCUUUCCCCUGUUUACAUUUCUGGGUUGCUUUUGGAUUCCUCUCUCAAAUAUCAUAUCAUAUCAUAUCAUAUCAUCUCGUACCAUCUUUUGAACUGUUUUUGGAUUUUUUUUCCCCUCUCGCGACGAAAUGAUGAUAAACCCUAAUGACCAUCAUCGAUUAUAUAACCUGUUCUCUUUUCAACUCGCCUGACGGAUACCGCUGGCUCCUAUGUAUGUCUCCGACCGCCUCAACCUCCCCUGCCUAUUAUUUAAACCAUCGCCAUCUUAGGAGGUUGGUGCUAUUUUUCCAUAUUGUACGUUCGGAUUUUUUUCUUUCCUCUUUUUUUCUUUUCUUUUCUUCUGGUUUCGUUCUUGUUCUGGUGGGGUAUCUAUCUACUGCACCUGUUUUGAGGCCAUUUUUGCCCCAUGAACCGUUGGAGUCAACCAACGAGCAUCGAAUCAUCGAACAUCGAACAAGUGGGCAUACUAUUUUUUUGUCUCGUUGGCCUUUUCUAUAUGUUUUAUUUAUUAUCUUUUCUUCCUGUUUUAGCUGGAGCAUCAUCAAAGUCCCCUUCUAUUUUUAUCUGGAAGGCCCGGCAGGUGGAAGUACUGACUGGGCGAAGAAGGAUUAUGGACUGAGGCAAGGAGGAACAUGGAUUAGGGGCCUAUGGUUGUUUUUUUUUUUUUUUUGUGGCAUGGAAGGAUGGAAGGAUGGAUAGGGUUCUCGGAUUUUUCUCAUAUGAUUAUGAUUCAUCCAUGCGUGUGUGUGUGAGUGUGUGUGUGUGUGUGUGCGUGUUGUGUAUUUUUUUUUGGGAUGGGGGGAUAUUUAAAUCAUUACAUGGUGUUUCUUAUCCUUUUCAUUUUUUCAUUUUUUUGUUAUUGUAAUGUGUUUUUGGUUUUAACGAUUAUGGAAUGACAGUUGAUUUUUUAACUAUUUGCUUUCCCUAUAUACGGAGUAUAUAUAUAUGAUAUACUAACUAUUAUCCAGGAUCUAAUCUCAUUAAUUGAUGUUCUAUUCCCUUCCAAUUAUUUUCUUCUGAGUACCUCGUAACUCACUCGUUCACUUAUUAGCUGUAUGUACAGUCCGUCAAUCGCUCGCCGAAAGCAUGCUAUAUCCAGCCGAACAGCCAAGAAUAUAUUCCAUUUUUUUUUUUUUGU